CUUCCCAUUAAAACAAAACCAUAAUUUUAUCAGGGAAGUUAGAACAUGGCUGUAGUACUUCAAAGGCUUGUAGCUUUAGCUUCUGCAUUAGUUUUUGUAGCAGGAAAAGCAACAACUUUAGCUUAUGCUGCAUCAGUUGUGACGUUUGUGUUUGGUGAUUCUUUGACAGAAGUUGGAAACAAUAAGUUCCUUCAAUAUUCCCUUGCAAGGUCUGAUUAUCCUUGGUAUGGGAUUGAUUUUUCCGGCGGCCAAGCGACUGGAAGAUUCACUAACGGCAGAACUAUUGGUGAUAUAAUAUCUGCAAAGCUUGGAAUUUCAUCACCACCGCCUUACCUUUCCUUGUCAAGCAAUGAUGAUGCAUUGCUAAAUGGGGUUAAUUAUGCGUCUGGUGGAGCUGGGAUUCUUAAUGACACUGGACUUUAUUUUAUUCAGAGGUUAUCUUUUGAUGAUCAGAUAGAUUGCUUUAAGAAGACCAAAGAAGCAAUCAAGGCUAGAAUAGGAGAAGAAGCUGCAAACAGGCAUAGCAAUGAGGCCAUGUACUUCAUUGGAAUUGGCAGCAAUGACUAUGUAAACAACUACUUGCAGCCCUUUUUAGCAGAUGGCCAACAAUACACACACGAUGAAUUUGUGGAGCUCUUAAUAUCCACACUAAAACAACAACUUACAAGACUAUACCAACUGGGUGCAAGAAAGAUAGUAUUCCACGGAUUAGGUCCUCUAGGCUGCAUCCCUUCUCAGAGAGUGAAAUCAAAGAAGGGGGAGUGCUUGAAAAGAGUGAACGAAUGGGUGUUGGAAUUCAACUCCAGAGUACAAAACCAACUUGCCACUCUAAACCACCAACUUCGUAAUGCCAGAUUCUUAUUUGCAGACACUUAUGGAGAUGUUCUGGAUCUGAUAGACAACCCUACCGCUUAUGGUUUCAAGGUGUCAAACACAUCAUGUUGCAAUGUGGACACAUCAAUAGGAGGAUUAUGCUUGCCCAAUUCAAAACUAUGCAAGAAUCGUAAAGAAUAUGUUUUCUGGGAUGCAUUUCACCCAUCUGAUGCAGCAAAUCAAGUGCUUGCUCAAAAAUUCUUCAAACUCCUAUUCUCGAAUGCCUCUGCCCCAAACAACUCUCCUCCUCCUUCUAUUGCACCAAACCCUUCUAACUGAAUUAUACACUUUGUCUCAAGAAUCAGUUUAAUAUUAUCAUAUAAAUCUAUAGAGCUAAAAAGUUGGAACCCUAACAUCUAUAGAACCAUGAUUGUAAUAAAGAACAUGAUCAAUGCUUAUUAAUAAAUAAAUCAAUCAAAUUAUAUAGUGAGAUUGAAGUCCUCUUAUAAUCCAAAUCAGUCAAAUCUAAUUAAAUGUAGAACAAGAGUUGAUUGAUUGAUUGCUCUCAGUUGAAA